CGUACGGCGCAGCUGCGGCCCACGUCCCGAGCCGUGUCGCCGCGCUCCCUCGGGGCGGGCCGGACCGGCGGGCGGGCGGCGAGGGCCAGAGCCCGGCGGCGCGCUGGGCCGGAGCCCGCGAUGGUGAUCUGCUGCGCGGCCGUGAACUGCUCCAACCGUCAGGGCAAAGGCGAGAAGCGCGCUGUCUCCUUCCACAGAUUCCCCUUAAAGGACUCAAAACGCCUGAUCCAGUGGUUAAAAGCUGUUCAGAGGGAUAACUGGACCCCCACUAAGUAUUCAUUCCUCUGCAGUGAACAUUUCACCAAAGACAGCUUCUCCAAAAGGCUGGAGGACCAGCACCGCCUGCUCAAGCCCACUGCAGUGCCCUCCAUUUUCCACCUCUCAGAGAAGAGAGGGGCUGGAGGCCAUGGCCGAGCUAGGAGAAAAGACACCAGCAAGGCCUCAGGGAGUGUGAGGGGACACCCAAACACCAUAGCUGGGAAAGGAGCCACAGGUUCCUCUUCCUCUGGUGAAAAUCUGAUGGCCAAGCCAGAGUCACACAAGUUGAAGCGACCUGCCUUUCAAGGUGACACAAUACCCAAGGCCAUCACGGAGGAUGUCACUUGGGAGCAAGAGCAGCAGUCUUCGGAAAGAACUCCAGGAGUCAAAAUGAUCGCUCCUGUGGUGGGCAGCCAGGCAGAGGUAGAAGUGUCUGCUGCAGAGGCUGGCCAUCAGAAUGCUACCUCCUCUACUGACAUGAGCGGGGCCGACAAGAGUGGUAUUUCCAUGGACGACUUUACCCCGCCAGGGUCUGGGGCUUGCAAGUUUAUAGGUUCUCUUCAUUCUUACAGUUUCUCCUCCAAGCACACUCGAGAGAGGCCAUCUGUCCCUCGAGAUCCCAUAGACCGGAAGCGACAGAAAAGAGAUGUGGAGCCAAGCUGCAGCGGGAAUAACCUUGGGCCCGACAAGAGUGUGGCCCAUAGCCCUCCGAGUUCAUCACUCACAGCAACACCUCAGAAGCCUUCCCAGAGCUCCUCUGCCCCUCCAAAUGAUGUUACCCCAAAGCCAGCUGCAGAAGCUGUGCAGAGCGAGCACAGUGACGCCAGCCCCAUGUCCAUCAAUGAGGUUAUCCUGUCGGCAUCUGGGGCCUGCAAGCUCAUCGACUCACUGCAUUCGUACUGCUUCUCCUCUCGGCAGAAUAAGAGCCAGGUGUGCUGCCUGAGGGAACAGGUGGAAAAGAAGAAUGGUGAGCUGAAGAGUCUUCGACAGAGGGUCAGCCGCUCUGAUAGCCAGGUGCGCAAGCUACGGGAGAAGCUGGAUGAGCUGAGGAGAGUGAGCUUCCCCUACCUGAGUGGCCUGCUGUCCCCCAGUUGUGAGCCUCCCAAGAUGAACCCAGUGGUGGAGCCCCUGUCCUGGAUGCUGGGCACCUGGCUGUCAGACCCUCCAGGAGCCGGGACCUUCCCAACGCUGCAGCCUUUUCAGUACUUGGAGGAGGUGCACAUCUCCCACGUGGGCCAGCCAAUGCUCAACUUCUCGUUCAAUUCCUUCCACCCGGACACACACAAACCGAUGCACAGAGAGUGUGGCUUCAUCCGCCUCCAGCCUGACAGCAACAAAGUGGCCUUUGUCAGCGCUCAGAAUACAGGCAUCGUGGAAGUGGAAGAGGGUGAGGUAAACGGGCAGGAGCUGUGCAUCACUUCCCACUCCAUCUCUAGGAUCUCCUUUGCCAAGGAACCCCAUGUGGAACAGAUUACUCGAAAAUUCAGGCUGAAUUCUGAAGGCAAACUUGAACAGACAGUCUCCAUGGCAACAACUACACAGCCAAUGACUCAGCAUCUUCAUGUCACCUACAAGAAGGUGACCCCAUGACCCUGAGUGAGUUUACGGCCCUGGGAGGGGCCUGGCUCCUGUGUCCAGUCCCAACGGUUCAGGUCCUGCCACAGAAGUGUUGUGCCCACAGGCAUGGCUGGGGCGGGAGUGUUGUCCAGAUGUUGCUGUAAUGGCACAGAAAACCAAAUAAAAGGCCUUUAUUUUUA